AUGUGGAAGCACCGCUGCUACCACGACUAUGAACGCCGCCGGCUCAUCCGCCGCAUACUCCUCGGCAUCCUGGCAUUUGUCGGCCUCGUUCUCCUCACCAUCAUCGUGAUAUUGAUCAUUUUGAGACCCACCAAACCCCGUUUCACCCUCCAGGACGCCGUCCUUUAUGCCUUCAACCUCCCACCCUCCCCCACCGAGCUACCUCCUCCCACCCUCAACCUCACCAUGCAGGCCACUUUGUCUGCUCACAACCCCAAUGACGGAAUCGGCAUUUUCUAUCGCUCCCUCGAUGUCUACGUCUCCUACCGUGGCCAACAGGUCUCGAGGGCCGUGGUCAUCCCCCCCUCAUACCAAGACCAUCACGAUAUUACCGUCUGGUCGCCCUACUUGUACGGAAUCGCCGUGCCGCUUCCGCCAUACGCGGUGGACGCUGUGCGGGAGGAGCUGAAUACUGGGGCGGUGAUGCUCAAGGUGGUGGUCGAAGGAGAAGUUAAAUGGAAGGUAGGUUCGUGGGUGUCCGGGACGUACCACCUCCACGUCAACUGUCCCGCUUAUAUGAGGCUCGCCGGUGGCCGCAUCGGUGGCCCGGAAAGAUGCGGUGUUGAUGUUUAA